UCUGCAGCUUUUCUUUGCUCUGUAUCUUUAUUCGUUUAUGGAUCCUUGCUGAGACCAAACCACACAUUAUCGCACCAUGUUCACCGGCAACGGUAUCAAAAUCUUCACCGGGACCAGCCACCCUGAGCUGGCCGAGGUCAUCACCAGACGGCUCGGUGUCUCCCUGGGCAAGGCGGACGUCACAAAAAGCGGGAUCGGGGAGACCCAGGUCCGCAUGAUCGAGUCCGUGCGCGAGGACGACGUGUACAUCAUCAACACCGGGUGCGGCGAGGUCAACACCGCGCUCAUGGAGGUCUGCAUAAUGAUCCAUGCCUGCAAAAUCGCGAGCGCGAAGCGCAUCACCGCCAUCCUCCCGCUCUUCCCGUACGCGCGCCAGGACAAGAAGGACAAGAGCCGCGCACCCAUCACCGCGAAGCUCGUCGCGAACAUGCUCCAAAAGUCGGGCUGCGACCAUGUCAUCACGAUGGACCUGCACGCCUCGCAAAUACAGGGAUUCUUUGACGUGCCCGUAGACAAGCUCUAUGCGGAACCCUCUUCGAUCCAGUACAUCCGGACGAACUUUGACCUGUCAGAUAUCGUCAUCGUCUCGCCCGACGCCGGCGGCGCGAAACGGGCAACCUCCAUGGCGGACCGGUUAGGCGUCGACUUUGCACUUUUCCACAAGGAACGCAAAAAGGCAAACGAAGUCUCGCGGAUGAUCCUCGUCGGCCAUGUGAAGGACAAGAUCGCCGUGCUCGUGGACGACAUGGCGGACACUUGCGGCACGCUCUGCCUUGCCGCGCAGCACCUGUCGGAGGCCGGGGCGUCGAAGGUAUACGCGAUGGUCACGCACGGGAUUCUGAGUGGCAACGCGCUGAAGAAUGUGGAGCAAUCGGCGCUGGAGAAGCUCAUAGUGACGAACACGCUGCCGCAAUCGGAGAACGUCGCCAAGUGCGCAAAGAUCGAAGUCAUUGACAUCGGCAAUGUGCUUGCGGAGGUGAUUCGGCGCAGUCACUACGGAGAGAGCGUGUCGAAGCUGUUCGACGAGGUGCCGUACUAGUUCCCCGAGGAUAUGGGCGCGCAGUCAUGUUGCAGCAGGCGCAGGGGCUAGGAUCGGGUCCGGGGGCGCGUUGACAGGAUAUAGAUGAGAAGGAUUUGUACAAUGUACACGAAGCUAAUACGACGUUAGUGGACUCUGG